CGAUCGAGAAGCAUAGUGGCUCAGUUUUGAGUACGGUGUUAUCUGUUAUCAUGGGAAGGCCACCUUGCUGCGACCAAGCAGACGUGAAGAAGGGUCCUUGGACUCCUGAAGAGGAUCUUAUGCUCGGCUCCUACAUCCAACAACAUGGCCCUGGAAACUGGAAGGCUGUUCCUGCUACAACUGGGCUGAUGAGGUGCAGCAAGAGUUGCAGGCUCAGAUGGACUAAUUACCUCCGGCCGGGGAUCAAGCGCGGCAACUUCACGGAGCAAGAGGAGAGACUCAUCGUCCAUCUCCAAGCACUCUUUGGCAACAGAUGGGCGACGAUAGCUUCCUAUCUUCCAGAGCGGACGGAUAACGACGUGAAGAACUACUGGAACACCCACUUAAAGAAGAAGCUGAAGAAAAUUCAAACUCUCGAUCGAGAAGGUACCGCAGGCGCUGUCACCGCUGCAUGUUCGUCCUUGGCAUCUCAGCCAGCUCUUUCCAAAGGCCGAUGGGAGACGCGAGUUCGAUCCGACAUUCACAUGGCCAAGCGCGCCCUUGAUGAGGCCUUGGCCUUGCAGGAUAAGACUGUAGGAUCGGCAUCGGCAUCGGCAUCGGCAUCGGUAUCGGCGGCGACCGCCACUUAUGCCUCCAGCGCGGAGAACAUCUCGCGGUUACUCCAAGGAUGGAUGGAGAACAAAACUAGCAGUUUACCUAAAACAACUAGAUCAUCGAAUUACUACUCCACCUUCACUGGUACUGCCUCCUCCUCGGCCGCCGCCGCCGCCGCAGCGACAGGCAAGAACAGUUUGCCUUCGGCCAUGGACUCUUCCUCGUUCAAUCUUGACUCCCGGAACCUCGAGGGAUCCUCGGAGACUGAUCAUCUUUCCCAUGGAGAUGUCAAGUUUCCAAUUCUCAAUUCUCUGUUCGAGUCUUGGCUCUUUGAUGAAGAAGAAGAAAGCGUUGAAGAAAUUGAGUCCUUGGCUUAUGUUUGAUCAAAGGAUCAGCGUGCGGCUUCAAGGAAUUUAAUUAAUUAAGUGUGAAUUGUAUAUGAUCUGAAGAAAUUCAUAUAUAUAUAUAUAUAUAUAUUGAUUUAACUUACAAGUUUUAGAGGGAAUUUCUCAUGAAAUGUAACUAAUCAUGCAAUAUCAAUUAGUGAGCUUCUAUACCAUAAUUAUGAGAUUAUAUACAAUAAAUUUCUUAUCAUAUA